GUUACCUUCACUUAUUAAAAGUCCUUAACGCACUUACUUACUUAUACAUGAACCACCCAAUAACUUGACUCUCGUACAGCCUCGUCUAUCACAUCCAAAGACGCCAAUUUUCUUUCACACCUUGUUUUAUAAACAUUGCCUGGAGUUAGGCGUUCUGAACUUGACACUUUAUCGUACCAUUCAGCCAUUGCUUGCAGUCAAGCUUUUUAUUCGCCAUAAUCGCUCAGUCCCCAGAUCUACGAGAUCAUAAUUCACCCGAUAUUAAGUUAUUAUACUUAAUAGUGGUACACACAAAGCACUAUCACAUCCAUUACCUUCAACAUGUCUCAGAUACCGGCCAUCACACGAGACCUUACAAGAUUCGGAUACAGCUCCUCGAGCGACUCCGAUGAACCUCCACGAAAAGCGGCUGCGACCACCACGACCACGCAGAAUCAGAAAAAGAAGAAGAAGCGCAAGCCACCGCCACAACAAAGCAUUAAUCGGAUAUGGAGGCGCUUCACGACAAAGGAAUUCACCAAGGCACUCGCCAUCCUUCCUUUCGAUCCCGUGCCUCUUCCAAGCACCCCCGAACGUCCCAAUGAACUUCUAUCCGCGGGGUACGAGCGAGCAAGAGAUGAAUGUUCGCGCAAGGUGAAAAAGAUCAUUGCGGAAUGCAAGCGCGUGAACACCCGAUACCGGGAUCCCGGCUUUGACCUGGACUGGGACCUGAAGUGGUUCAAGGGAAAUUGUCUAAAUUAUCUUGGAUCACGCAGAUACGAUCUUCUGAAUUCUAGGCACAGCUGUAACAAGUCUGUCCCCAAAGCCGUCAAGCGGGUGCACGAGAUCUUUGAGAAGCCGACGUUCAUGAAGAACACGGCUGCGGAUAAUGUGAAGCAAGGCUCGCUCGGCGAUUGCUGGCUUAUUGCUAGCUUGAGUGCACUCGCCAAUGUCGAAGACGGACUUAAGCGCAUGUGCGUUGAAUACGACACACGUAUUGGAAUCUAUGGAUUCGUAUUCUACCGAGACGGAGAAUGGAUCUACUCCAUCAUCGACGAUAAGCUCUAUCUAACUUCGCCAUGCUGGGAUUCGCCGAGCAUGCAGCGCGAGAUGCUAAACCAGAUCGACCGUGAGGACCCGGAGAAGGUGUACCGUAAGACGUACCAGACGGGAUCCAAGGCGUUGUUCUUCGGCCAGUGCAAAGACCAGCAUGAAACCUGGGUUCCGUUGCUCGAAAAGGCCUAUGCCAAGGCUCACGGUGAUUACGGCUCUCUAUCUGGUGGUUGGAUCGGCGAGGGAUUGGAAGAUCUUUCUGGUGGUGUCACUACCGAGCUCCUGGCUUCUGACAUACUUGAUAUCGACGAGUUCUGGGAUCAGGAGUUUAGUAAGGUUAACAAGGAGUUCCUUUUCGGCUGCUCUACUGGCCUGCUUGAUGGUGGCUACGGUGAACGCAAUGGUAUUUGCGAGGGACACGCCUACGUCGUGAUGGACGCGAGAACAUUAAAGAGUGGACAGAGACUUGUGAAGCUCCGCAACCCCUGGGGUAAGAACCGAAAGGGAAUAUGGGAAGGUCCGUGGUCGGAUGGUUCCAAGGAGUGGAAUAAUGAUGUUAAAGAUGAGCUCGGCCAUCAGUUCGGAAACGAUUCGGUCUUCUGGAUUACCUACGAGGACAUGCUCGAGAAAUACCAGCACUUCGACCGAACACGCCUUUUCAAGAACCCCGACUGGCGAUGCUGUCAGCGAUGGAUCGGCGUGGAAGUUCCGUGGAAGCAGCAAUGGAACGAGAAAUUCCACUUCAAGCUAACCAAGGAGUCUCCCUUGGUCUUGGUACUUCAGCAGCUUGACAACCGGUACUACAAGGGUUUACACGGUCAGUAUACCUUCCGAAUGCACUUCCGAGUCCAUGAACAAGGUCGACCGGAUAGCGAGGAUUACAUCGUCAGAUCCCACGGCAACUACCUGAUGGACCGAUCUGUCUCGAUCGAAAUCCCGUGCAUGGAGCCUGGCAACUACUCUAUAUUUAUCAGCAUCAUGGCUGAGCGCGACACUGAUAUGUCCUCUAUAGAGGACAUUGUCAAGCGAGAGUGUCUCAAGAGAGUAGAAAAUGAGAAACUGGCUCAAGUAGGAUACGCGUAUGACUUGGCGCAUAGCAAGGGCGUCGCGCAUCUCGAGCAGGUCGCCAAGCUGCGCAAGAAGACGGACCAAAAGAAGGCCAGCUCUUCGCGCAUGCAAGAGCGCCGCAAGAUGUGGGAGAAGCGCCAUCUGAACCGCGACAUCACGAAGAAGCAGACGAAGAAGAACCAAGAGAAGCGCGACAAGCGACGGGAGGCCGAGGACGAGAAGCGGAAGAUCGCGGCAGAGAAGAAGAAGGCAGAGGAAGAUGCCGCGAAAGCCAAAGCUGAGGCCGAAGCCGCGGUGUUGAAGAAGAAGGAAGAUGAAGAGAAGGCGAAGGCUGAUGCAGAGAAGAAGGAGAAAGAAGAGGCUGAGGCGGCUGAGAAAAAGAAGAUUGAAGAGGAGAAGCCGAAGGAUGUGGCGGUUCAGACCGAUGAUCGUCAGUCGGGCGAAGACAAGAGCAGCCAGACGGAGGAGGCUAAGGAAGCUGCGGAAACCACAGAAGCCAAAGAUGAGGCAACUAGUUCCGAGUCUGCUGACAAGCCGAAGGAGUCUGAAGACGCCCCCAAAGACGCUGCGAAGGAAGAAGCUACUGCGGAUGCUACCGUAGAUGCCAAAACCGAGAAGCCAAAGGAGGACGUCGUCGAGACCCCGAAGGAAGAUGUCGCCGAAGCGCCGAAGGAGGAGAUUAAGCCUGAAGAGAAGACGUCCGAGGAAAAGCCCGACGAGAAGAAACCGGAGGGAAAACUUGACGAGAAGGCAUCUGAGGAGAAGCCGGCUGAAGACAAAACUGCCUCGGAUGGCGAUGCAACUACUACUGCUACUGCCACCGCUACCGCUACGGUUAAGGCAGGCAGUGGACAGAAGCAGCCCACACCUCCCGCCUACUCGUCAGACGGCGAUUCCUCCGACAGCCCAGUUGAAGAUUGGGAGCUCCUGUACUCAUCCGACGACAUGACUAGGAAACCGCGGAUGGCAACAACGCAGCCCACCACCACAACUGCCGACAACGCCGUCGAAAGCGACGGCGAGUCCGGUCUUCCAGACCCGUGGAACGCCAUCUGCAUCAUCGGGUUCCGGGUGUACUCGAAGGACGAGGACUUAGACUUGCGCGUCGUGCUCGAGGGAGGCGAUAUGGCGGAGAAUGGUAUGGGUGAGAAGGGACCGGCGGAUAUCGAUAACGCGCAGAUGAACGCUGGUGGUGAGCGCGAGAAGAAGAAUCAGGAUGUUACGGAUGAGGUCGAGAUCGUCGACGGCGAGGCUGUUCGUAAGGAGAAGAUCGUCGCUCCUGAUGAUGAUGCGGAGAAGAAGGAGGGUGAAGGGGAGAAGAAGGAAGAAGAGAAGAGAGAAGAGAAGAUAGAGGAGAACCAAGAAGAGAAGAAAGAAGAUAAGGUUGAUGAGAAGAAGGAUGAAGAGAAGCCCGUCAAUGACGAGCCUAAGGAAGAUAACGACGAGAAGAAGGGUUGUAACGAUGAGAAAGAUGCGGAUGUCGACAAGAAGUCCGAGGAUAAGGACGACGAUAAAGACGACUGCGCCAAGUCAGAUGCUUCCGAUUCGUCAGACGAAACACCCAUCCUCACUCCCGACUCAACAGCCGACUCGCGGGAAUCGUGUACCCCCCAACAUCCCGAACAGAACCGGGAUAACGAGAAGUCGUCAUGAAGCUCACCAACCCCCACCCCCUUUCCUACGUCCAAAAACAUGUGAUUUCUAAGAGCAUCGACCGGCAUAGCAUCGCAUCGCGUUUACGUUUUCCAUUUCCGAUAGUCGCUUUCUCCAUUCAAUUCUAGAGCAC